AAACUGUGUGUCUCUCUGUGUGUGAAAAGUCCAGACUGUCUGUCUACCUCCGUUCCCUCAGACCGUGCGACCUUUCCUCUCCAAAAUAAUAUUCGUAUCCAUUUUUUAUUUUUGCACACAAAAAAAUAAGAAAAAAAAAAAAAAAGAGAAGAAAAGAUUCCAGGAGACGGUAAUUAAUUUCAUGUGUGGGUGAAACUCCAAGCCCACGGGAAUCUAAUCAAACAAUUUCACUCGAAUUAGAUCAUCAUCAGGCUUCAGGUUCGUGUCUUUCUUUGAUCUUCCAUUUGUUUUCCGCUUCAACCCCAAACACCAAAAAAACACGCAAAAAAGAAGAAGAAAAACUAGAGCUUUCCUACGCUUUCUCUCGUCUCUCGCUGUUUUUGUUUUUAACUGCAGGGUUUAGGUUGGUAAAAUGACCCGACCAACUACGCGAAGUAAAAACAAAAGGCACAAACAAGAGGAUGGUGUUGAUAUCACCUCUGAAAUAUUGAGGAAAAUUCACACAACUGGUGAAAUAACCAGUGACGAUAUAGAUCAGCUGUACAAGACUUGGAAACCAGUUUGUCAAGGCUGUCGUGUGAAUACUAAAGAUAACCCAAAUUGCUUUUGUGGCCUGAUUCCCCCGCCCAAUGGAAGUCGCAAAGCUGGCCUUUGGCAGAAGAUGUCAGAUAUUCUUCAAGCUCUUGGCCCGAACCCCACCAAGGAUCUCCGUGCUUCUAAAACUCCUGCAGGUUUGACUAAUCUUGGUGCUACAUGUUAUGCCAACAGCAUUCUCCAGUGCUUGUACAUGAAUAAACCUUUCCGGGAAGGCAUCUUCUCUCUUGAACCAGAUGUUCUGAGACAAAAUCCAGUGUUGGAUCAGCUUGCACGGCUUUUUGCACAGCUACAUGCCAGUAGAAUGGCUUUUAUAGACUCAUCUCCGAUUGUAAAGACUCUGGAGUUAGAUAAUGGAGUUCAGCAGGAUAGCCAUGAGUUCCUGACCUUGCUUCUUUCUUUGCUUGAACGUUGUCUGGGCCACUCCAAAGUUUCCAAGGCAAGAACAAUUGUUCAGGACCUUUUCCGUGGAAGAGUGUCGCAUGUGACAACGUGUUCACAAUGUGGAAAAGAAUCUGAGGCUUCUUCAAACAUGGAGGACUUUUAUGAGCUCGAGUUGAAUGUUAAGGGUUUGAAAAAUCUAGAUGAGAGUUUAGAUGAUUAUCUAAGUGUGGAAGAGCUUCAAGGAGAUAAUCAGUAUUUCUGUGCAUCAUGUAACACUAGAGUUGAUGCUACUCGCAGUAUCAAGCUGCGCUCAUUACCUGCUGUACUUAAUUUUCAGCUUAAGCGUUGUGUUUUCCUUCCGAAGACUACAAUGAAGAAGAAAAUCACUUCUGCGUUUUGCUUCCCUGGAGAACUUGAUAUGCGACAGAGGCUGUCUGAGCCUUCUCGGUUAGAAUUAAUAUAUGAUUUGUCAGCUGUGUUGAUUCACAAGGGAACUGCUGUAAAUAGUGGUCAUUAUGUAGCUCACAUUAAGGAUGAAGAUACAGGACAAUGGUGGGAAUUUGAUGAUGAACAUGUCUCAAACUUAGGUCAUCAUCCUUUUGGAGAAGGGUCUUCAAGUUCCACUUCUAAAACCGUUGGAAGUGAGCCUCUUCAUCUAUCUUGUACCGAGUCAAAGAAUGGCCUUGCCAAUGGAAACCACAUAGAUGUGGUUCAGCCACAGUCUUCAGAGCAUAGUAAUAAUAGUAAUACAAGGACAUUUUCAUCAGGCGAUGCGUAUAUGCUGAUGUAUAACCUUAGGCAUACCUGGAAGGAUGAUGAGAAAAAACAUAAGGUGCCUGGUUCCAGUGAUAUGGAAAUUGAAGCCGAGACGGAUUCUUUACACAAUGGUGUCUCUCUUCCAUCUCACCUUUGUGAAGAGAUAAAAAGCUUGAAUGCUUCGUAUGAUGAUGCUUGCCAACAAUAUGAAUCAAAGAAGGAAAGUGAGUUGGAUCAUAUCACCAAAAGGAGACUGGAAGUCCGAUCAGUUCUAUCUGAAGCACCUGUAAGAUCAGUUGAGGAACCUUAUUUUUGGAUCUCCACAGACUGGCUUCGCCACUGGGCUGACAACAUAACUCCACCUGUUCUUGACAAUACAUCAAUCCAAUGCCCGCAUGGAAAAGUCCUGCAUUCAAAAGUUAGUUCCAUGAAGCGAUUGUCGCUUAAAGCUUGGAACAUGAUCCUUGCUAAGCAUGAUGGGGGGCCAACACUGUCCAAUGAUGACUACUGCAACAAUUGCCUUGUCGACGGAGCUCGCACUGUAGUUUGUGGUGAUAGUUAUAGGGAUCGAAGAACAAUGAUGAAGCAAAUCGCAAAUGAGGCAGUUCAAGGGAACUGUGUGGAUGGAACAUAUUAUGUAUCUAAGGGAUGGUUGCACCAAUGGUUGAAAAGAAAAAUCCUUGACGCUCCCUCUGAAGCUGAUGCAGGACCGACAGUUUCGAUCAGAUGUCCUCAUGGGCAACUUAUGCCUGAUCAAGCUCCUGGUGCUAAGCGGGUUCUGGUUCCUGAGAUUCUCUGGCUCUUCUUAUAUGAAGAUGCUGUUGCAUUAGAACCUGAUGAUCCCUUGGGGUGUGCAACUUUUCCUUCAGACUCUAAACAAUGUUCUCAAUGCAGUGUUGAAUUGUCUGAAGUUGCAUUCAUGGAGGAUUCUCUAAGAGUUGUGAAGCUCAAACAGCGCCAGAAUCAUGAGAAGUUAGCUAUGGGAAAAAGUAUUCCACUUUUGCCACACUGCACGAACUACUUAGUGCCCUCCUCAUGGCUUUCGAAAUGGAGGGACUAUAUUAAUGCAAGUGGGAAGAAUGUUUCUACCUCUGUGAAACCUGAGACUCUGGAUGGUGUAAUUCAUUCUCUGAAGUGUGAAAAGCACAUGCGACUUCUUGAAAGGCCUCCCGAACUAGUUUGCAAACGUGGUACAAUUUUCCAGAAGACAGAUGGGUUGACAAUCAUUACGGAGAAUGAUUGGAAAUGCUUCUGUGAAGAGUGGGGCGGUGAGGAGGAUAAAGGCAUUUCUGCUAUAAUUGAGUACAGUUAUAAUGCUGAAAAUACUUUGGCUGGGUCUUGUGAAGAGAUGCCAGUAUGUGAAGAGCAUCUGACCUCGCAGGAUGAAGUGAAUAGUGAGAAUGAGUCCAGACGACCUGUGAUUAGGACUUGUCCUGAGAUAUGCCAGGAAUGCAUUGGAGAAAGAGAAAGUUGUGAGUUAGUGCAGAAACUUAACUAUUGCAAUGAGAUCAUUUAUAUACUUUUUGCACGUGACAAGGAAGCUCCAAAAUCAUUUCUCGAAGCAUCUGAUACAUCCAUCGAGCAAGAUCGCCGGGUCUCCAAGCGCUCUCGAAAGACAAACAGUGGAAAUCUGAUAAAUUUGAAAGUCUCUGGUUCCACAUCAGUGUACCAGUUAAAAAUGAUGAUAUGGGAAUCAUUUGGGGUUGUUAAGGAAAAUCAGAUACUUCACAAAGGUGCCAGAAUAAUUGACAAGGAGUCUGCCACACUUGCGGACAUGAAUAUAUUUCCCGGAGAUAAGCUUUGGGUGAUAGAUUCUGAGAUCCACGAGCACCGAGAUAUUGCUGAUGAGCUCUCUGACCAGAAAUUGGACGUUCAACUGAUUGAGGAAGGCUUUCGCGGAACACUUUUGACAGCAAACGGUUCAUCCCAAGUUGUUUAAAAAUCAUGCUUUUGAAACUUAAUCUUGCGUGCAACAUCCAACUGAUUGUAGGCAUGAUACUAGGGGAGAAAACUAAUUGAAAUUUUGGGCUGCAUUUUGGAGGCAGAAGCAUCUGGCCGUACCAAUGUCUGGUGGUGGUCCCCCCCUACAGAGAGGAUAUGAAAGGUAUUAACUCAUAUCUGCUGCUGUGUCAAAGUCGUGGUUUUUGGGUGCAGUUGUUCUGGCUUCAGUUCAAUGCUCCCCUUGGAUGUUGCUGCCUUCUGUCUACCUAACCUUGUCCAUAUCAUGGGCUUCGAGGGUCCAUUGUACAUGAUUGUGUGCUUUUGUGACGGAUUGGCGGAUGGCUUAUGUGGGUAUUAAUGUAUUAGUUACCUCUUAAGUGUGAAACUUUA